AUGGUUUUCAUCACCCCCGGAAUUGACUUUCUUGGCCGUGGAGCGAUAUUUCUUAGCAUCCCAACAGCUAUCGUCGUUGGUCUGAACAAAUAUGUCGGUCUCGACCUCCCCCUUUGGAUCCUGAUAACAGGGACAUUACUCUGCUUUCCAGCUCGCGCCACCAUCCGUAUUGUGGCGAACCAGAUAUUCAAGCGCCGUGAAGCGGCCAGGCUGGGAGUUCGUAUCGUACCCGUCGCGCAAGGCAAAUGGAUCGGAAAUUUUGACGUUCUGAGGACGAUGAAUGAGAAGUUUGAAUUCGGGUAUCCGGGUGAUGGAUUGGACGAACUUAUCGAACAAAAAGGGCUCCUUGUCAAUUUGCGCGUUCUCUGGUCUGAUAUGAUACUCACCACUUCCCCGGAGCACAUCAAGACUGUCCUGGCGACGGACUUUCACAAUUACGUGAAGGGUGAACGCUUCCACUAUAACAUGGGUGCCGUCCUCGGCACAGGGGUCUUUAAUUCAGACGGCGAAAUGUGGAAAUUCCACCGCGCCAUGACCCGCCCCGUCUUCACCCGCGACAAGAUCAGCCACUUUGACCUCUUUGACAAGCACGUUGAACAAGCCGUAUUCAAGAUAAAACAACGUUUCCAUGAAGGCUACGCCGUUGAUUUUCAAGAUUUAAUGUCCCGGUUCACCCUCGACUCCGCCACCGAGUUUUUGUUUGGGAACUGUCCAGUACUUAGCGACGCAGCUGACGCGUUUGCGUCGGCCUUUCUAGCUGCUCAGGUGGUCAUUUCUACCCGGGAGCGUCUUGGCUGGAUCUGGCCCCUCUUCGAGAUCUGGCAAGAUAAAUCCAAGGCGCCGAUGAAGAUUAAACGGCGGAAUACUCUCGCUUCAGGGGAUGUGAAACUGGAGGACGAGAAGGGGGAGACACUGCUCGAUCAUUUGGUUAGCUUGACGUCUGAUCCCGUGGUAUUGAAGGAUGAGACAUUAAACAUCAUGAUUGCAGGCAGAGAUACAACGGCAGCCACCCUCACUUUCAUCAUCUACUGCCUAUCGGAACACCCUACAGUCCUGGCACGGUUGCGCUCGGAGAUCCUGGCAAAAGUCGGAGCGUCUCGUCGGCCCGAUUAUGAUGAUAUUAGGGAGAUGAAGUACCUCCGUGCCGUUAUCAAUGAAACUCUGCGGCUCUUCCCUAUCGUACCAUUCAAUGUCAGAGAAAGCAUCGACGCCACUACCUGGCCAUCAACCGACCCCAACGAGAAACCUUUCUAUAUUCCUGCUGGUACCAAGAUUCUGUAUUCCGUGUUCAUGAUGCAUCGACGCCAAGAUCUUUGGGGGCCAGACGCUGAACAAUUCGAUCCGGAUCGAUUCCUCGAUGCCCGAGUCAAUAAAUACCUCAUCAAGAACUCAUUCAUCUUCCUCCCUUUCAACGCCGGGCCGCGCAUCUGUUUAGGUCAACAGUUCGCGUACAACGAAAUGUCAUUUAUGCUCAUUCGGCUCCUCCAAUCCUUCCAAUCCAUUUCUCUCGACUUAGCUUCUGCUCCGCAGGACUCUCUCCCACCUAAGACCUGGAUCAAUUCGAAAGGGCGCAAAGCGACCGAGAAGGUAUUUCCGAAGAUGCAUUUGACUAUGUAUGCCAAUGGCGGGUUGUGGGUCAAGAUGCAAGAAGCUACUGGUGAACAAUAAUGCUAGAUCUCGUGCCGUCUCUAUAUGGACGCAAGGAGUGGAUCUGGCAUUUGAUGGGUAAUGUACAGAUGUAUACUUUAUUUCGAGGGAUGGAAACACAAGCAAUUAGUCAGGUCCAACGUAGGGUACAACGACGACGCAUCGAGAGC